AUGCAACAGCAGGAAGAUGGGGUAAGUGGUACAUGUAGGAGUGGAAGGAGACGACGAGGAGCAGGUGGGAGGUGGGAUGGGAGUGGUAGGGGAGGUGCUGGGGAGCAGGGAGAGGAGGAUCUGGGGGUAAUGGAGGUUGGGGCGGAGGAGGUGGUUGGAGUGGGCAAGGGAGAUAACAUGCAGCAAGAAAUACACAGGAUGGAGAGGAAGAUGGAGGCCAGAGAGCUGGUUGGAGGUGUGGCGGAGGGAGCUGGGUUGGGAGUAGGGGAUAACAUCCAACGGCAGCGUGCGGAGGACAUGGAACAGGUGGGAGGUGGGAUGGGAGUGGUGGGGGAGGUGCUGGGGGAGCAGGGAGGGGAGGAUCUGGGGGUAAUGGAGGUUGGGGCGGAGGAGGUGGUUGAGGAGGUGGUAGGGGAGGAGGUUGGAGAGGGCGUGGAGGGGGAGGAGUGGCUUGCAUGGGCAAGGGAGGUGGUGGGGUUUAGGGGGAGGACCCCGAGGGAGUUAGGGUUUAGGAUGUAUGUGAUAAGGGAGGAGGUAGAGGUGGAAGAGGUUUUGGAGGAGCAGGGGGUUGUGGAGGUAAGGAGGGAACCCAAUAGAUUUUUUGUUGUUCGCAGGGCCAUGGUGAUGGUGGAGUGGGUGAGAGUGGAUAAAAGGCAGCAAGAAAUCAGAAGAAUGGAGAGGGAUGGAGGAGAGGAGGCCAGAGAGCUGGUUGGAGGUGUGGCGGAGGGAGACAACAUGCAACAGCAGGAAGAUGGGGUAAGUGGUACAUGUAGGAGUGGAAGGAGACAAGGAGGAGCAGGUGGGCGGUGGGAUGGGAGUGGUAGGGGAGGUGCUGGGGAGCAGGGAGAGGAGGAUCUGGGGGUUAAUGGAGGUUGGGGCGGAGGAGGUGGUUGGAAUAACAUGCAGCAAGAAAUACACAGGAUGGAGAGGAAGAAGAUGGAGGCCAGAGAGCUGGUUGGAGGUGUGGCGGAGGGAGCUGGGUUGGGAGUAGGGGAUAACAUCCAACGGCGCGAGCUGAGGACAUGGAACAGGUGGGAUGGGAGUGGUGGGGGAGGUGCUGGGGGAGCAGGGAGGGGAGGAUCUGGGGGUAAUGGAGGUUGGGGCGGAGGUGGUUGGGGAGAUAACAUGCAGCAAGUAUUACAAGAGAUGGAAGGAGAGUUAGAGGAAAUGGACGGAGGAGAGGCAGAGAUGGAGGAGGCCGGAGAGCAGGAAGAGGUUGGAGGUGUGAUGGAGGGAGGUGGGUUAGGAGUAGGGGGUGAGGGGGAGCAGGGAAGGGAGGAGUGGGAUGUGGUGGUGCCGGAGGUUGGGGCCGAGGAGGUGGUGGGGGAUAUGGGAGGUGAGGAGGUGACAAUAUGCAACAUCGAGAAGGAGCUGUGGAGGAGGACCCGGAGCAGGUGGGAGGUGGUUUGGGAGUGGUGGGGGAGGUGCUGGGGGAGCAGGGAGGGGAGGAUUGGUGGAGGAGGUGGUGGGGGGAGAGGUUGGAGAGGGCGUGGAGGGGGAGGAGUGGCGACGUGGGCAAGGGAGGUGGUGGGGUUUAGGGGGAGGACCCCGAGGGAGUUAGGAUUUAGGCUUUAUGUGAUUAGGGAGGAGGUAGAGGUGGAAGAGGUUAUGGAGGAGCAGGGGGUUGUGGAGCAAGUAUUAGAACAUUUGGAAGGAGAGUUAGAGGAAAUGGACGGAGGAGAGGCAGAGAUGGAGGAGGCCGGAGAGCAGGAAGAGGUUGGAGGUGUGAUGGAGGGAGGUGGGUUAGGAGUAGGGGGUGAGGGGGAGCAGGGAAGGGAGGAGGGGGAGCAGGGAAGGGAGGAGUGGGAUGUGGUGGUGCCGGAGGUUGGGGCCAAGGAGGUGGUGGGCGAUGUGGGCGGGGAGGAGGUAGUUGGUGACGGGGAACAAUAUGCAACAGCGAGGAGCUGUGGAGGAGGACCCGAGCAGGUGGGAGGUGGGAUGGGAGUGGUGGGGGAGGUGCUGGAGGAGCAGGGAGGAUCUGGGGGUAGAGGAGGUUGGGGUGGAGGAGGUGGUUGGGGAGAUUGA